AUGUGUCAGCCUCCAGGGAUGCUUGUAGGAUGCGACAUCCUCAUCAUUUACAGCUCGGAUGCCGAGGAAUGGUGCCAGUACCUCCAGGACCUUUUCCUGUCCUGUCGGCAGGUGCAUAGCCAGAAGAUGCUGACUUAUAGACUGGGCCCCAAGACCUCCUUCUCAGCCGAGGACCUGAGCUUCUUUCUCCGCACACGCUGCAUCGUGGUGCUGCUGUCUGCGGAGCUGGUGCAGUGCUUCUGCCAGCCGGCCCUGCUGCCCCUGCUGCAGAGAGCCUUCCAUCCUCCACACCGCGUGGUGCGCCUGCUCUGCGGGGUGCAGGACAGCGAGGAGUUUCUGGACUUCUUUCCAGACUGGGCACACUGGCAGGAGCUCACCUGUGAUGAUGAGCCCGAGACUUACGUGGCAGCUGUGAGGAAGGCCAUUUCUGAAGAUUCUGGCUGUGACUCAAUCACUGACACUGAGACCGAGGACGAGAGGGUCCUUCCCUACUCGGAGCAGCAUAACCUGCCACCGAAGACUUCACCUGGGAACCUGAUGGUGGUGCAGCCGGACCGCAUCCGCUGUGGGGCAGAAACCACUGUCUACGUCAUUGUGAGAUGUAAGCUGGAUGAGAGGGUGACAACAGAAGCCGAAUUUUCUCCUGAGGAUUCUCCCUCGAUAAGGGUGGAAGCCAAGCUGGAGAAUGAGUACACCGUUUCCAUGAAAGCUCCCAACCUUUCAUCUGGGAAUGUUUCUCUGAAGAUAUAUUCUGGGGAUUUAGUGGUGUGCGAAACCAUUCUCAGCUAUUAUACUGACAUGGAGGAAAUCGGGAAUUUAUUGUCCAAUGCUGCAAGUCCUGUGGAGUUCAUGUGUCAGGCCUUUAAAAUUGUGCCCUACAACACAGAGACCCUUGAUAAACUGCUAACAGAGUCCCUAAAGAACAACAUCCCUGCAAGUGGGCUGCACCUCUUUGGAAUCAACCAGCUGGAAGAAGAAGAUAUGAUGACAAAUCAGAGGGAUGAAGAACUGCCCACUUUGUUGCACUUUGCCGCCAAGUAUGGACUGAAGAACCUCACUGCCUUGUUGCUCACCUGCCCAGGAGCCCUACAGGCCUAUAGUGUGGCCAACAAGCACGGCCACUACCCCAACACCAUUGCCGAGAAGCACGGCUUCCGGGACCUGCGGCAGUUCAUCGACGAGUAUGUGGAAACUGUGGACAUGCUGAAGAGUCACAUUAAAGAGGAACUGAUGCAAGGGGAGGAGGCUGACGCUGUGUAUGAGUCCAUGGCCCACCUUUCCACAGACCUCCUCAUUAAGUGCUCCCUCAACCCCGGCUGUGACGAGGAGCUGUAUGAGUCCAUGGCGGCCUUUGUCCCAGCUGCCACCGAGGACCUCUAUGUUGAAAUGCCUCAGGCCAGUACAUCUAAUCCAAUCCCCGGAGAUGGUUUCUCUCGGACCACUAAGGAUUCUAUGAUCCGCAAGUUUUUAGAAGGCAACAGCAUGGGAAUGUCCAGUUUGGAGAGGGAGGUACACCAUCUCGGUCAGGAAGAAGAUGUUUAUCACACAGUGGAUGAUGAUGAGGCCCUUUCCAUGGACUUGGCUAACAGGCCCCCUGUCCCAGUGCCCAGGCCAGAGGCCAGUGCUUCUGGCACUCACCAGCUGUCUGACAAUGAACCAUACAUUUCUAAAGUUUUUGCAGAAAAAAGUCAAGAGCGGCCUGAGAAUUUCUACGUUGCCUCAGAGAGCAUCAGGAAAGAGCCACCUGUCAGACCCUGGAGGGACGGGCCUCAGUCAAGCACGUAUGACCCAUUUGCUGGGAUGAAAACUCCAGGCCAGCGGCAGCUUAUUACCCUCCAGGAGCAGGUGAAGCUGGGCAUCGUCAACGUGGAUGAGGCCGUGCUCCACUUCAAAGAGUGGCAGCUCAACCAGAAGAAGCGGUCUGAGUCCUUUCGUUUCCAGCAGGAAAAUCUUAAACGGCUACGAGAUAGCAUCACCCGAAGACAGAGAGAGAAGCAAAAAUCAGGAAAGCAGACAGACUUGGAGAUCACAGUCCCAAUUCGGCACUCACAGCAGCUGCCCGGGAAAGUGGAGUUUGGAGUCUAUGAGAGUGGCCCCAGGAGAAGCGUCUUUCCCCCAAGGACAGAGCUAAGACGAGGAGACUGGAAAACAGACAGUACCUCCAGCACAGCAAGCAGCGCGAGUAACCGAUCCAGCACCCGGAGCCGCCUCAGUGUGAGCAGCGGGAUGGAGGGGGACAACGAGGAUAAUGAAGCCCCCGAGGUUACCAGAAGCCGUAGUCCAGCCCCCCCCUCAGUGGACAGCACACCCAUCGUGCCCCUUGAGAGGCCCCCCAGGGUGCCGCCCCGAGCCGCCUCACAGAGGCCUCCGACCAGGGAGACCUUCCAUCCUCCUCCACCUGUUCCACCCAGAGGUCGCUGACUCCACCUCUUAAAGCCUGCCUACUUCGGGACCUUGAGACUUGUGGUUUUCAGCCUGUUAAUGAUGUCUUCAUGUUGAGUUUUAUGGCCUGACUGCUGACCUUAAGACCCAAUCUCAUUGCUGAUAUUGUUGUGGCCCUGCUGGUCUGGGCUUUCCUUGAAGAAGAUAUUAUUAAGGCACCAAGAGGUGAAACUAAGGACUUCAUUCACCAUCAUCAAGUAUAUUGAUCCCUAUUCUUGUUUGCCAAGAGGAUGACGACUUAUUUGCAAUACUCACCUCUAAUUUGGCAUGUCAGGAACCUGAAAAGAUUGUUCAGAAAUGUACAUUACAAGUGAUUUUACUGAAAUGCACUUAUAUUAGGUCUUACUUAUUUGCUAGUCCAAUCUAAUUUCUAGAAGUGAUUAUGAUUUGACUUACAGUAUUCAAGUAAGAAGAUAUGUCCUAAUUUUUAAAUGAUUCUUCAGCUUUUCUGUAGCUUCAGGAGGGUGUUUAAAUGCCAGGGCUGGUCACAUACAACAAACUCAAAAGGACUUUAGAGAGGGAUUAGUCCUAACUCCUUUUAUAUAGAAGGCAAAUCUGAGGUUUCACAGAAGCCUGGAACCAAGAAUACUCAGUUGGUUAGAGAAAGAGGUGGGUCUAGAAUCAGGACCUGCUGAUAUCAGGUCACCAUACUUUCCAUCUCCAAAUAGCCAAGCUCUCUCCCUCAAGAAAUGCCCAGAUGUAGAAAUUUGGUCAGUGACUGACUAUUGGCCUUCCAGAAGUUUCCUUCUUCCAUAUCUCCCAGGUAUGGGACUAUCAAGUAUUUGGAGCAUUUAUAAUUCAGUAUGCUUGCAAAACAGUGAUGCUACCAAAGAACAUCUAAAAAAUGGUUGGGAACCAGAAGCUUGGGAUGCCAGGGACCCCACUUAUUGCUCUGCACCCUUAGAUGCAGAGCAAUAGAUCUUAGUUCUGGCCAUAGGAGAGAGGAGGACCCUCGACUUUUACUCUGCUGAGGGCUCAGAAGAAGAAGGAGGAACUUAAAAUAGAAAUAGUUAUCUAUUUCGUUAUAUACACCAGGCUUGGGAAAUUUGUGCAGAGAAUGUAGAGCCUUAAACAUAUCAUUAAUUUUGAGUCCCUAGCACAUAAAUCUACCUUCAAAGCACAGGCCCUUAAUUGAUGCUUAAACAUACAGUAAAAUUAGUAUCAGACCUAUUUCUUUAAAAAUUAUCAGAAAUCUGGUGCUUCUCCAUGAAAUUAUUCUCCAUCCCACACAAAGAUAUAAAAGCCAUACUAUUAAAGAUCCAUUUAAGUACAGUUUUAUUGGGUCCUUUUGUAAUGAUUAAUGGUUCUUUUUCAAUCGAAUUCCUCAGUCCAGCAAACGAGGACCUAUUGAAGUUAAUAGCUUCUGAGCUCUUGGGUUUUUGUUUUUCUGUUUUUUUGUUUUGUUUUGUUUUUUUUCUGACAUAAAAUACACUGUUGGCGCUGGCCAUUAAGAGAGUAUUUGUGGAAAUUUUACCUACCACAAUGCCUGGCACAUAGUAGCCAUUUUGCAAUGGUCCCUUUACUCUCCUUGUCACUUAUCUGGGAGAAAUAGGGUAAUAUGAGAUAAAAGGAGAACGAGAAAUACAAGGCUGGUAUGGUUAUCCUUCCUCUUAUUGAUAGUCUCUGUUUUAAGCGCAUUUGAUCUUGAUAAAAGCUAUACUUUUAAAGAUAUUUAGUACCUCUAAGCUCCCUUUUGGAUGCGAAAUUUAGAUUUUUUUUUUACAUUCUUUGAUUAACAAGCAUUUAGAUCAGUAACAUGGCAAAACCUGCUGCCAGCCAAUGGUGUUACCAUCUUUGUAUGCACAUCACUGUGCAAUAUUGGAAUAUUUUAUUGCAUUUUUAUUCUUAUAUGAAAAUAAGUGGAAAACAUAAAAUUGAAAGUGCUUAUGAGAUACCUGGGUUUCAUAAAUGUGACACACACUUGAGACACAGAAGGAAAUGAUCAGGAGUGCCAAGUCAAAAAUGACAAGUCUU